CCGCAAUAGGAACCAUUGUCGUGGCAAUAGCUCCAUAACAUGAACAAAUAUUGUGCUAUUUUUAAAGCAAGUUCCAGCAACUUCCGCCUUUCAGGAUGAUGGCUGCUGAUGUUUUGGAUUGAGUGUCAGAAUUUGUACAAUGGAAUCUAAUGAUGAACGUAAAAAGAAACUGGAAGCAGGAAAAGAGAAGUUGGCUGCCUUCAGGAAAAAGAAAGCAAAGAAAAAGAAAAAUUCUGGAGAAAAAAGCGAAAAAGAGAACUUCAGCGAGCAGCUGAACUUGAACCAGCAAAAUGGAAGUGGACUUACCCCUCCAUUGAUAUCUUCCCCAACCGCCAGCGAUUCAUAUCAAACAGAUAGUGACCAAUUCUCUAUCACUAGUGGUGAUGAGUUUUCCACAGAGGAGCAGGAGUUCAGGGGCUCUGUGUUCUACCAAGCAAAACUAGUGGAAGCUCGGAGAAGGAUUGCGGAGCUAGAGGAAACUGUGGAGGGCAAGCAACUGGCAUUGGAUGCCCUUGUCAGGGAAACGCAGUCUCAAAAAAAAUCUCUGUCUGCUGAUCCACAGUCUGAUCAGGAUGUGUGGGAAGACAGGGAGCCCUCAAAGAUCUCUGAAGUGGAAGCUGCCUUGGCCCAGAGGGAUGACCUCAUUGGUCACCUGGCGCAGUCUCUUCAGUGCCUGGCCCAAGGCUCGGACAGUGGAGGAGAGCAUCUGUCUCAGCUCCAGGCCCUGGGACAACACGUCUGCGUGCUGCAGGCACAGCUUCAGCAGGCCAACGAGACGUUGCAGCAGCAGCUGUACCUGCGAGAGUCUUCCUCCCUUGCCCUGCAGAACGCCAAAGCUCAGAUGCUGCAGCUGAAAGCCAUUGUUAUCAGCAAAGACUCGCAGGUGGAUGCUCUGUCUCAGGAGAUUUUAGCCAAGGAGGAGGCAAUACAGAAGUUGUCAUCAGAAGCUGUAGUGACUUCAUCAAAUACUACUGUUGUUUCAGCCGCAGACAGUUCAUCUCAUGUCAAUGUUCUAGAAGAAAAACUUGCAGAGAAAGUGCGCGAGUGUGAGGUGCUGAAUGCGAACCAGCAGCAGUGGCUUGUAAAGGAAGAAGAGUUAUUGGCUGCUGUGAGGUCCAAGUCAGCAGAAAUAGAAGUUUUGUCUCAGUCAGAGCAGAACUUGAUGCAACAGGAACUGCAGCUGAAGCAGGCAUGUGAUGAAUUGCAAAGGAGUGUUGACGAACUGCGCUCUGAUGUGUCUGAGAGUGAGAAGAUAUCGUGCCUAGAGUUUCAGUUGUCAGAAUUGAGACGAGCUCAUGAAAGCGAUGUGAACGAAAUCAGUUUGUUGAACCGGGCCAAUGAGGAGCUUGAAGAAAUGUCCAGGAAAUACUACGAAUGUCUUUCUAAUUAUGAAUCUUUGACUUCCAAGCAUACGCAUUUGAAUGCACAAUACACGUCAUGUCUUUCUGAAGUUGACCUUUUAAAGGCAGCAAAUACUGAUCUCCAGACUGAAAUAGAGGCUGCACAUGCCAGCAGUGCACACUUGGUGACGCUACAGGAGGAACUGGGUGCCUUGAGGGAAUUCUCUGACAAAGAGUCAAGUGAGAAGGCAUCAGCUCUUGCAGCUUUUGCAGAAGCAGAGCUGCGCUUCACAAGUGAGACAGAGAGGUUGAAAAACAAAGUGAAUGAGUUACAGGAUGAAGUGUGCUGUCUUCGUACUGAACUCGAUGCGUCUCAUGAGAGUCUGAGGCAAAAAGCCGAAACGACUCAUGGACCAGUGGAGGCAGUUUCUGAAUCUGUGAAAGCACUUUCUGCAACAUUCACUGAGCAGGAGAGUCAAUCAGGAUUACUGAACAACACAGAAGAUUCAAUGACUCUAUCGUCUUCUUUGGAGUUGGAGAAAGAUACCAAUGGGAUGAGAGUGUAUGAAGAUGGAAGACCCUCCCGUCCUCACAGAGGAAGGGUGAGUGAUGAAAGUGCAGGUGUUUUGGAGAAGGAACUGCAGGUUUCUAGUAUUACUGUGAAUGAACUGGAAGUGAAGGUGUUGGAGCUGGAAUCUCAAAACAAAACUCUUUCUGAAGAGAUUGUCCGUCUACAGGAGGGUAUGCUCCUAGAUUCAAACCUCUCUGCCAGUAAAAUUCAUGAGAAAGUUUCAAGUCUUGAAGCUGAGUCUGACAGUUCAAUUUCAGCGAAGGAUUUUGCUAUACAAACUUUAAAGGAAGCAGAGAGCGACUUGAGAAAUCGGUGUGCUGCUUUAUCCCAAGAGUUAGACGGGAAAUGUGAACGGGACAGACUGCUGGAAGAAGUCACAGGCGAGCGAGACAGGCUGCUGCUCACUGUGAACUCUCUCACCACAGACAUCAGUUCUUUAAAGGAGGAACUGAGCAGAGACAGCAACAAAGGUGAAGGUGAUGUCAAUUCUGACUGGCCUCAUCAACUGGACAAAAACAUUGACAUUCCUGCUCUCGAGAGUAAUAUUUUAGCAGAGGAGGUGAAGGGUCUUAGUACAGAACUAGGUGACGUGCAAGCUGUGUUGAACUAUGAGAGGCAGGCGGCGAAGCGGCUCACGGGAGAGAACACUAGACAAAUUGAGGGGCUGACAUUGAAAGUCACUGAGUUGCAGGCUGCCCUUGAGCACUAUGAGAAUCUCAACCAUCAGUAUCAGGGGGAUAUUGAGCGACUGAAAGCAGCCCUAUCAGCAUCUGUGGCAGAUCUUGCAGAGGCUAGGCAGGGUCAGUUGCAAGCUCAGGUCGAAAGUCACAAUUCAGUUCAGAAUGAUGUCAUAGAUAGUGUUCCCAUCCAGGUUUCUGCUUCAUUAUUUCAGGCGGCAGACAACAGUAGUCUGAUGGAGAUGUCCAACAGUACUAUGCAGCAGGAGAUCUACAAGAAUGAAGCCAGCAAUGAGGAACAAGAUCUGGCCAGGAAUGUUGAGGAACUUCAGGGCCAGCUGGAGACCACUGUGUCCCAAUGGCAAAGGCUGCAGAUUAUUGUUCAGGAGAAAGAAAUCGAGGUACAGAAUCUCCAGGAGGAGCUUGAUGAGCAGAAGAGAAUUUGUGCCACUCAGAGGAGGAUGUUUGAGGAGGAGCUUAGCACUGUUAAGGAAGAGCUGGAGUCUGUGACCACGAGCAGGAGUUCUGAGGAUAGAUGGGCUGUUGAACAGGAGCAAGAGUUGGACUCCUUGAGAGUAGAACUAGAAGUCUUGAGGUCGCAGUCAGCUUCGCAUUCAGAGAAAGCUGUUGAGCCAGUAGGACUUAUAGAUCAGAGAGAAAAGGAAGACUAUGAGGCGAGGUUGAGUGAUCUCAUAGAAAAUCUGACAGCUCGGGAGUCAGAGAUUGUACUGCUGAAAGAUUCGAUCGGAGCUAACAAAGGUAUUAUUGCUGAACUUACAAGUAAAUUAUGUGACAGUGAAACUCAAAAAUCUGAUCUUGUCACCAAGCUUACGAAUCAGACAAGUGAAAUGCAUCUCCAGGCUGCUGAAGGGACCAGACUGGCCAGUGAAAGAGACAAUCAAAUUUCUGAAUUGACCGUUCAGGUCAGUGAAAGAGAUGCCCAGAUUACUGAACUGUCUAGCCAUGUGAAUCAGAGGGACAAUUAUAUCUCAGAGUUGACUACUCAAGUCAGUCAAAAGGAUGUGCAGAUCUCAGAAUUGACCAAUCAAAUUAUGCACAGGGACAGUGAAAUUACAGAACUUGCAAGUCAUUUGAGUGAAAAGGAAAAUAAUAUUACAGUAGUGGCAGGUCAACUUAGUGAAAAAGAGCAUCAAAUCUCAGGAUUGACGUCUCAAGUGAGUGAAAAAGACAGUCAAAUUUCAGAACUAAUGAGUCAAGUGAAUGGAAAAGAUAGUGAGAUUGUGGAACUGACUUGUCAGACGAGUGAAAGGGACACUCAGAUUGCAGAACUGUCCAAUCAAGUAAGAGAAAAAGAGGCCCAGAUUUCAGAGAUAAAUGUCAACUGCAGUGACUUAGAUCAUCAGGUAGAGGAACUGAAGAGAGCUGUAGCACGUGAGGAGGCUCAGAAGGCAGAAUUAUGCAGUCAGAGUAGUGAGAGAGAGGCUCGUGUGUCUGAGCUAAUGCAACAGGUCUCAGAGCAGGGACAAAGAAUAGAGGAACUAGUCAGCAGUCUUGGGGAGAAGGAUCAACAAGUGGAUGUGCUGAAGGCCGAGAGUGCACAGGGAAUGGCAGAUGCUGAUGAACUGAAGAAUUUGAAAACUACCAAAGAGGAGGAGAUCAAGGCGUUGCAAUCCCGGUGUGAGGAAUGGAAUUUGGCAUGCUCAGAAAGUAAUGAGCAAGUCAGCGAGUUGAAAAAAUCUUUACUCGAGAAAGAGACAGAAGAGAAGGAGUUGCAGAGUCGCUUGAGGAGUUUGGAGGAGCAAUUGAAAAUACUGAGUUCUACUCAAGUGGAGAAUGAGAAGGCCAUGCUAUUGGAGAAAAACGCUGAGAUACAAAAUCUGGAAACUUUGGUAGUGGAAGUGAGAAGCAAAAUGUCUGGUCUGGAGUCUGAGUUGUCUGAAAAGAGUGAAACAAUUUCUGAAAUGGAGAAAACAAUGUCUGACAAGGAAGCAAAAAUGCAGUCUGCUCUGUCGGAGUAUGAAACAGAACUGUGUGAACUGAGGAGUGUUCUAAAAGACAGAGAGGUUGGGAUGGAACUUCUGGCAUGUCAGCUGGGAGAGAAAGGGGAACAACUGGUUGAACUCACUAGUCACAAUAGGCACUUGGAGGGUCAGUGUCACAAUCUGAAGACCUGUGUGGAAGGGAAAGAAGGGAAUAUUUCUGAGCUUAAGAUUCAGCUGGAGGAGGCAGAGGUUUCUUGCAGUGAGUUAAAAAGUCAGGGAAGUGACAAGGAGGAUGAGUUAAAAAGUCUGUCUGUUCAAGUAUCUGAGUUAAAUGGUGAAGUGAUGGGACUUACACAGACGUUGUCAGAGAGCCAGGGGAGAAUCUCAGCUCUGACGGAUGAGCUUUCUGUGGUGCAGAUGAAAUAUGAUGAAAGUGUAAGACAAGUGUCAGAUCAAGGCAAUGCGAUAUCUGAGCUCACAAGUCAAGAGGAAUUGAAUCAAGUUCGGAUCUUGGAGUUGACUGAAACACUGGAGCAGAAAAAUGCUCUUGUUUUAGAAAAGGACAGCGCUCUAGCAGCUGUUCAAGAGGAACUAGACCGACUUGGAACUAGCUUAGAGGAUAAAGGUACAGAACUUUUGGCUCUACAAUCGUCAGCACAGGAGAAAGAAUCUCAAGUGGCCAAGUUGACCGACACUGUUGCCAGAGAUGAGCAAGAAAUUUCUGAUUUGAGGAACAAACUGGUGGCAAUGGAAGCAGAAAUGUCUGGUAGAGAAGAUGCUACAACAGAAGUUCAGAUACAGUGUUCAGAACAGGCAGUCAGGGUGGCAGAGGUGGAAAGUAUGCUGAACGAAAAAGACAAUGAGAUGGAUCGUGUUAGUAAAUGCAUGGCUGAAAAGACUGAAAGAAUCCAGUCUUUAGAGGAGACUGUAACAGAACAACAUACCAAAAUUAUGGAACUUUCAAAGGUUGUUGUAGACAAAGAAGAACAAUGUUUAAAACAACAGGAAUGUCUUGAGAAAGUAGAACGUUCAGUACAGAGGGAAGAAGACACCAUACAGAGCCUACGGGACAGGGCUUCUGUGUGUGAAUCUGAGCUGUGUAGCGAGAGGGAGAAGCUGUGGGCAAGAGAGGCAGAUCUAAGCCAGUUGAAGGUGUCCUUAAUUCGUAAGGCUGGGGAGUUGACUGGUGUGCAAGAGACUUUGUCCUCUGCUCAGACAGAACUGUCUCAGGCUAGAGAACAACUACAGCUAAAAGAAGAAAGACUUUUAGAGGUGCUCACUCUUAAUAGUGCCUUAGAGGUGAAUGAAAAAGAGCUUCAAGAGAAAAUCAAAUGUGUCAGUGAAGAGUUUGAAGUAAUGAAAGCUCAGAACAUCACCGCCAUAAAUGAUUUAGAAACAGAGAGACAAGAAAGUAAGAGAUUGAUACACACACUUGAAGAAAAAGCUGCAGAUUUGGAGUCAAUGUGUGUGGACAAAACAAGCUUGGAAAAACAAGUGGACGAUCUGAGAAGUGAAGUAGAGACUGCUAGAUUGUUUUCAGAGAAAGUACAGCUGGAGCAAAGUGAGAGGCAGACAAGUGUUGAUGAGCGGAGACAAGGUUUAGAAAGUGAGUUGGCAGAAGUAAAGCUCCAAAGUGACAGUAAAAAUGCUCAAGUGGCUGAACUGACAGAGCGAGUAGAGACUUUGAGCACUCAACUGCGUCACAGUGAAGGACUAUGUCAGUGUCUGAAAGCAACUCUGUCUUACCAGCGAGAGGGUCAGGAGGAGAAAGAUUCUCUUGCUGUUUCUCUACAACUGCAGUGUGACCACAAUGCUGAGAAAAUAUCUGAUUUGACUCAGUCAUUGUCCCAGCAGCAGAGUGUGGUGUCAGAACUGGAAGAUUUGAAUGCAACUUUGCGCCAACAGCUCAGCGAUCUCUCUUCAUCAGCAGAAUCUGCUGCUGUGCAAAAGUCUGAUCUGGAGCGAGAGUUGUUUAAACUGCGUGCAGACUUGGAGUUUCAUGAGAACAGCAGCACUCAGUACAUGGUGGAGAACAAGCAGCUGCAAGAGAAACUACACCAGGCCACAGCCAAUAUGGAGCGGCUGGAAGCCACGGCCUUUGACCUCAGGCACGAUUGUGACAUGCAUCUCAAGGAUGUGGCUGACCUCAAGCAGGAACUGGAACAGAAAGAAACUGCUGCUGCUGCCUUGACAGAAGAUGUGGCCAAUGCUAGAGCGUGGGCGACAAGAGGUGCAGAGGAAAAGGAGCUUUUGAAAGCCAACUUUGACUCCUGUAUGGAGGAGAUGCAACAGAGGCUUGCAGAACAGGAGGCUGAAGGCAGACGUCUGAGGUGUCAGUUGACGGAGGAGACUCGCAGUGUGCACCAGGAUCAGGACCAGGUGAAGGAGAUGUAUGAACAGCAGAUAGCCCUUCUGGAGGAGAAGCUAGUGGGAGCUGAAAGAGAAAGUGACCGGCUAGACAAGGAGCUGGCUGAGGCUAAGGCAAAGAUGAUCAGCACGAAAGAAGCGUAUGAGCUGCAGCUGUCGGAGCAGGAGCUGAGUGUGCAGUCCAGCAGCUCAGAAGUGGCCAAACUGAAAGACCAACUGGUCAAAGCAGCGGGCAAUCAUGAGUGUGCGAUUGCUGGUCUCAAAAAGCUGCAUGAGAUACAGACUACUGAACUAGAAGAGAACUGUAUAUCCGCGGAGAGGACAGUGGCCGAGCAGAAACGACAAAUCAAUGAACUGACCAUGAAAUGGAAGAGGGAGAAAAAUGACCUGGAGCAAGGGUUUGAAAUUCAAAUAUCAGACAUGGAGGAGAAGAGACGCUUCAAUGAGAUGGAGAUUGCUCGUCUGAAGAGACAUCUCGAUGAAAUGAAGAGUGACCAUGCCAAGGAAGUAGAACAUCUGGAGAAAAGCUAUGAAGUGCGUCUGUUUGAACUGGAGGACAAGUUCUGCAUGGCCACAUCAGAACUGGAGAGGGUGAAAAAGUCUCUGAUGAAUGCUGAGGGAGAUUUCUCUGGAGAACGUCAGUCACUUGAGGCUAAAGUGGAAGAUCUUGAGGCCACACGCCGAGAUCUUCAGGUGAAAGGUAUGUCAUUAGAAGAUGAAGUGGCGACAUUAAGAUCAGAAAACAUGAGUCGAGAGGAAGAAAUGAAAGCCAUCCUCCAGCAGGCAGCGGAAAGGCAGCAACAGAACAGGCAGGAAAUGAGUUCUGAGAUUUUGCAGCUGAGAGAGAGGCUAGAGACCAUGGAUGCUACACACAGCGAUGAUGUGGCUACAUUGAAGAGCGAUUAUGAGGAACAGAUCAGGGACUUGAAGUCAAGGAACAAUCAGCUGUUGGAGAAGGUUCAGUCCAUGGAGAUGCACAUAGAACAUGACACAGCUCUGAGAGACAGUGAGAACCAAAAGGAGGGAGAUGGUAAGGAGGUGCCUGAGACCGAUGUCUCUGUACAAUCUCAGAUAUCCUCUUUGAAUGAAGAAAAUACUUUACUAAGGAGGAAAUUACUGAAACAGAAGAGCAUUGUGGCCAAACUGAGAAUGAAGUCGGGGGUGGAGGAUAUCUGCCCACCUUAUCCACUCACCUCACAGAGCAGCUUGAUGCCAUCACUGGCGCGGUCUGAGAGCGACAGCGGUGAGGAUUGCUUCUCCCCAGUGGUGGGCCCAACAUCGGUGGUUGAAGGCUUUGUGGCGGAGAGGUCGGAGGUGGCUUCUGUAGCUGGCCUGGGUUCCUCUCCUUCAGACAGUUUGAGAGAGCCAGACUUUGUAGCGGAGAAAAGUGACAUGUUCCAGCCUGAGGUCAUUACAGAGCGAGUCAUUGAAGCCCAGGAACACCCAGCUGCUCAGCUCAACAUACACCCUAUCCGAGAUGAGAUUGUAGCGGAAGGAUUCCAGCCUGAGACUCCUGAUCAAUUCUUCAUGGAGACAAUUGAGGAGCCUAAUACCCCUCUCAACUGGCCCAAAGAUUUGUCUGUGGGCCUUUCACCCUCUUUGAACAGGGCUGAACAGUUUAACUUCGAGGUCAUUCCACCUACAUCUAUGCAUGAUGGUAAACCUUUGCCGUCAGACUCUCAGCCUGAAAAUGUCAGUUCAGCUGAUUUAGUCAAGGGGACAGACUCUACUGAUUCUAACACCAACUGCCUUACUUCAAACGAGCACAGUAGCCAGACGAUACUCUCGGAGUCAGAGUUUGAUUUAAGGUUGAAGCACGUGAAAGAAGAGCUUGAGGAGCAAUAUGUCGGGCGUUUACGGAGACAGGAAGUUGACCUAACACACCAGUAUGACAUGAAGGAGGAGAGCUACCGUCGUGAGAUGGAACAGCACUUUGAGCAGAAGGUCAAGGCAGUUAGAUAUGAGUGGGAGCGAAAGUUCACCAAGGCCCUGCAGAAGGUACGUAAGGAGAUGGAGAAACGACAUCAGAAAGAGCUGAGGAGGGCCCAACUUAUGCCAGCGUUUGUCAAGACGUCACCGUCUUCUCAAGGUCUACAUCCUGAUGAUGGUGAAGAUGAUGAUGACACAGAUGACGGGGAGAGAGCUUCUAUGGCGAACCAAUCUGCAGAUGAGAGUGGACCAGGCUCAUCCGAGACCAACGAGGGCCUGGGGGAAGUCGUGGAACAGCUGCACAGAGAGAACCAGGAACUGGCUGAGGUUCGUGAUGUCCUCCUCAAGCAGAUAGAGAUUUCUCAGGCUCGGGGUUUGCACUCACGUGUUCAGCACGAGCUACAGUCAAUGCUGACCACGCGGGAGGGGUCAACCUCUCUCUCCUCCAACACAUCGACACCCACCCUGGUACCGACUUCCCCAUCUGCCGACAAGUCAAAGGGCUUGGAGAGUGAUCAGCUGGACACUUCAGGCAUCUCAGAGGAGGUCAACUCGGUGCACAGCGAAUCAAGUUCUGCGAGAGAGCGCUUCUUGUGGGAGCUGGAGGAGAUGUCCCAGCAGUCCAGCCAGGACCUGCCCUUGGAGUGGGAGCUGACCAGCACUUUACCGGCCAGUGCCGACUUUGAGGAGGAGCCUGACCAGCCCAUUGGCAGUGUGUGGGAGGUGUUUGACGGCCGCUGCCUGCGUCAGGACUGCCACGAGGCGGUGUCAGAACUGCGGGCCCGUCUUGACCAGGAGCUGCAGGAGAACCUGGACCUGGUUAUAUCACAGCUGACCAGUGUCCAUACUGGAGAGCUGCAGCAAGUGGAGGCCAAACACCAGCAUGACGUGUCCGUGGAGAUGUUGGCCCUGCGUGUGUCUCUGGAGCAGAUUUACAGCAGCAAGGCCCAGCUGGAGGCAGCUGAGGCCCAGCUGCGACACCAGCAGCAGAUGGACACGCUGCGACACACAUUGGUCACUCAACACCAAGAAGAGAUGGCCAAGCUUGGCCAUUCAGGUGCUGAUACUGAUGUUCCCAAUGUCGCUAAGUCUUCCCUAACCAAACAGUAUGAUGCUCUCAUUGAGAGGAUAAGUAAUGAGUUAGAGGAGAAAUUCUUGCCUACCAUGGAGGGAGAGAAAGAGGAUGGUCAGGAUGUACAUAGAAUGGUGCCUUCUUUGCCUUCAGAGGAGUUACGCAGCCUUCUCCUGAGCCAGCAGCAGGAGAUUGCGUCGCUGAGAGGAGAGGUGUUGUCCGAGUACGAGUCCGUCCUGAGUGCCCGAGCAUCCAGCGUACAGGAGCAGAGCCAGGAAAUGGUGGGCCUGGAGCAGCAGAUGCGGGACUUACAGCAGCAGUUUGAGCAGCAGCUGGCUACGUUCAACAGCAGGCUUCAGGAAAAGGAGGAAGAACAUCAGCAACAUUCCAGUGAGGAGAAGGAAAAACUUGAGAAACAACAAGCAGAAUUUAAAUCUCACUAUGAGAAGCGUAUCCAAGAAAUGGAAGCGGCUUUUGAGAAUGAAAUUGGUUCCAUCAAGGACAAGUAUGAGGAGCAGAUCUCUGGCCUCAUUCAUGCCAGACUGGCAGGCAGCAAGGAGCAGGAGGAGCAGCAACUGUCCCCUCCUCUCAAAGAAAGCGUAGACGAGAGAAGCCCUCGUAACACUAAUUUGUCAGACACUGAUAGUGACAGUUUUGAUACGCCCAGGUCGGUCCCCUCUGACCUUUCCGUACAGCUCAAGCAGUUGGAAGCUGAGCUUGCUGAGCGUGACGCUCAACUCAAAGAGCUGAAAACACAACUGGGUGUGGAGGAGUCGCGUUCGUGUUCCUUAGACACGGAAGUGUCCAACCUGAAGACGCAGGUGGAACAGCUUCAACAAGAAGCAUCAGACGCUCUCGUUCAGUGCUCCAAACUCCAACAACUUGUUGAGGAGAAAGACUCUGUUAUCAGGCAGCUAGAGAUGGAAAAGAUAGAGAGUGAGAAACUGUAUAAAGAUCUUUUGGAGAAAGAGUCUCCCCGCUCAAAGGACUCUGUCCAUAAGGAGCAUUUGAGUGGUAGCAGUGUGGAUGAUUCGUUCUGCUCAGCGAAGGAAGACAGUCGCGACACCCCGCGAAGUGGCAUUAGUGACAGUCGUGACACGCCGAGAAGUGGUGACAGUGCUUCAGAUUUUAAAUCUCCACGACUACGCAGCAGCGAUGACUCUGAGCAUGAGGACAUUGCUGAGCAAAAUGAUACCAUCCCUUUUGCCAACGACUCAUCUGAGGCACAAGAGGGCAACAGCAAUAACAACAACAACAACAACAACAGCAACAGCGGUGGUGGGACUCCCAUUGAGGAGAUGGUGCAGCAUCUGAAGGAGAAAGUGGUAGAGCUGGAGAAGGAGUUGGGUCAAGCACAGAGCCGAGAGGUGGAGCUCAGGGCACAGAUAGAAGAGAAAGAGCAUGGCUAUAUGGAACUGUUGGAGACGGUGAAGCAAGAGCUGGAGCAUGACAAGCAGAUGGAGGUUGAGACACUUCAGUCUGAGUUCCGUGUUCAGCUGGAGGUGGAGCUCAAAAGGCAAGCUGCGGACUUGUCUUCUCAGGUCCAGACACAAACACAAGCCGAAGGCGGUGAGAAAUCAGAACCUCACCUACCCAAUGGUGAUAUUUCUCACAGUGCAAGCAGCGAUCCGCCCACCUCACCACCUCCGUUACGAAAACUGAGCCAGGAUGAUGUUGAUGAUACAAGUUCUAUCUCUGAGAACAUUGAAGAAGGAGACGAUCUGGAAUCCGAACCGAGCCUGAUGCAAACAUCGGCUUUUGAGCUUCAGCAAGUCCUGCAGGCAUCUGCGAGUCAGGUGUCACUGGGUGAGGCAGCGGAUGAGGUCCAGGAGGAGAACCUCAGCGAUGACUCCAAGGCCACGACUUCGGCUGCUGGGUCUGUGGCAAGCCCUCCCCCUGGUGCUGCGUCCUCUCUGGCUGAUGAGCCCGCGGGCAUGGCUUUGCCGCUCACGGACAUGGAGAAGGAGAUGGAAGCUCUGAAGGAGGAAUAUGAAGAGCGUUUGGCCCAGCUCAAGUCGCAGCUAGAUCAGCUGAAGACUGAGAAGGAGACCGUGACGUCUACCCACCAGGAGGAGCAGAGGAGCUUGCAAGAACAGCUCACCCAUGCUGAGGAACGAUACGACCGUCUCAUGGAAGGUGUAGAGAAUGGGGAGCAUCCACAGCUGAAUCAGCUGAUGAAAGACAAAUAUGAUGAAGAGCUGGAUCUUGCCAAGUCCUUAAUACAGAAAGACUUUGACGAAGCCCUGAAGGAAGAGAAGAAAAAGUUUGUGGAGCGUCACAGGAAACUGAUGACCGACUUUAUGGGAGAUAGAGGGAAAGAAGAGGAGGAGGCAAAGGAGAAGCACGAUAAAGAGUUAUCAGAGUUGAAACAAAGCCUGACUGAAGAGUUUGAACAGAAGCUUAGGGAAUAUGAGAAUGAGAUAGAGAGGCUGAAGCGGGACCUGGAUCUGUUUAGAGACAUGAGUCAGGAGUCUCCUGAUGGUGACACGGGGCCAAGGGACAGCACCCUGCCCGAGAUCGAUGAGAUAACUCUUAGCUUUCAGGAAGAGUCAGAGGUCCAGCUGAGCUCCCCCAGCUCUGACUCCCGAGAUACGUCUACUCCCGUGAAGAGGCCUGUCUCGGCUGACAUCGGCAUUCAGUACGAGGAGAGUGAGGAAGAGGUGGAGGGCCAGGCAGGGGAGACUUUGCAGAUCCGCAGCUUUGCCGAGGUUGUGAGGAGCCCCCCUCCUCUGUCUGACCAGGAGAGACGAGAAAAUGAACUUAAAGUCCAACAGUUGGUUGCCCAGAUUGAACGACUGACCCAACAGUUGGCGGAGCGGCAGGGGGCCGAGUCAGUCUCUCCACAUGGCUCGCCGCAACACUCGCCUCACAAUGACACUCUCAGGGGAGAUGACUCAGCCCUUGUGGCCAUGCUGCAGUCGGACCUGGACCGCAUCAGUGCAGAAAGAGAGAGUGUGCAGCGUACCAACGACCGCCUGCUGAGCUUGCUGUCGGAUUCUGUAAAGACGUACGUGGGUGUGGAGGACACCAUCAACCGUAAGCUCAGCCAGGUGGUCAGUGGGACCCCGAGGACUUCUGGAGCUCAGGCUGACUCGCCUCCGGUGAGGUCGCGACCCCCGAGUGUGGAGCCAGGGCUACGGUCUGACCCACAGGGGAGGAUGGGCUCUCCAGCCCCCGAGAGAUAUGAUAGGAAAGGAGGAGCUGCAGCAGAUGGAGACACAAGCCAAGACAGCCACACCCUAGAAGACACGAGUGUCUUGUCAAAUGCCACAGAUGAGGGUCUGGAAAUCUCACACCGACUGGCAGAAAGUAUAUUUGUCGGACCUGAUUUGGAUGCCGAGGGAGAGGAAAUCCUCACAGAUGCCCGGGGUCGGCUCCACACUGCAGUGACACAGCUCCUAGAGCUGAUGGAGCGCUCCACUUGUCAGCUGAUCGAGGCAAAGUCCACCCAGCAGGAACUGCUAGACACCUUAGCCAGUCGCGCCCGCGAGGUAGAGACGAGCAGCACCCGAUGCACCGAGCUGGACGCUCAACUCGCUGCUGAGAUUGAGGCCAAGGAGUACCUGGGCCUGGAGCUGCACAAGGCUGAAGAAACUGCUGCACCACAAUCUCUCCGGAGGACAGGCCAAGGUCUCAUCUCUGGCUAUCGCUCCGAGCGAGAAGCGCUGGACACCCAGGUCCAGUCUCUGGAGGAACAACGCGAGGCUCUCAUCAUUCAACUGGACUCGACCCGCUCCAGACUCUCCGAGUUUGAGCGCUCGCAGUCGGAGAUUGACUCCAUGCGGGAGGAAGUGGGACACCAGCAGGAGCUGCUGCGGGAGAACGCUGGACAGGAGAUGCAAGUUACUGGACAGCAAACUCCUCAGGCUACGACUUCAGAACAGCCAGCUCUGCUGCAAGAAGUGACCAGCCUGAACCAGGAGAAGCGGGAACUGUCCACGCAGCUACAGCACCAGCUGGACGCGUCGCGGCUGCGGCUGACGGAGCUGGAGACAGCCUCGGAGGAGGCGGAGCGACGCCACGAGGCCGCCCUAGAAGAGAGGAACCAUGCCCUGGAGGACAUGCGGCUGCAGCUGGAGAACAUGGAGAGACAGCUCAAGGCUAGCCGGGCGUUUGUCGAUGAACAAAUGGCUGAGAGAGAGCAGGAGAGAGAGGAACAUCAGAGAGAGAUAGAAAGACUGCAGGAGACCAUUGAGGGGAAGGACAAGAAUGCAAAUUCACAGCAGAGACUCCAGAGAGAGAUUGCUGACCUGACAGAGCAGCUUCAGUCUCGCAUCACCAGCCAGAGUGCCAUGCAUCAGAGAACACUGGAACUUCAGCAAGCUCUGGAGGACAAAGAACUCAGUGCUCAUGACCUCAAGACGUGGGUGUCGCAGCUGGAGAGUGAGCUGGACGAGCGCGGGGACAUCGAGGACCAGCUCAAACAAAGGAUCACCAAGCUGGAACGGCAGCUCACCGAGCAGGAGGACGAGAAGGACCGGGACGAGACCGAGGAUGACGAGUUGGCCAGGGCUGGACGUCCGACGGGUGACAGGACAGACCAGGACAUCCCGACCCCGCUGUCGCCGGUCAGAGUGAGAUCUCGGCCGAGUCAUGUCUCCCUGGAGGAUGAGCUACACACUUCGGAGCAGUCUGAGGAGGACUUGAUCCAUGAGAACCGGGCCCUGAAGGAGCAGGUGCACCAGCAGCUACUGCAGAUCUCCGCCCUGAAAAACCAGCUGGACCAGUUGCGCCACUACGGAGGGGAUGAUGAAGACAAUGACGCCACACAGCUACGACUGCGGCUUCAGGCAGAGAGGAAUACGGUGGAGAACAAAGAUGCAGAGAUCUCUGAUCUUCAGUCCAAGACAGAAGCGUUGGAGAAUGAGUUGAGACGGAAAGCUGAGGAAGCUGAGGCUAUCCACGCUAAAGUGUCUCGUGUCCUUGAGAUGGGCGAUGUCCAGGAAGAGAACCAGAGCCUGAAGAGCCAGUUGGAGGAGCUGCAGUCCCAGGUGUCCAACAUGUCCAGCCUGUCGUCACAGCACACUCUGCCGCCCGCUCUCCUGGAGGAGAAGAACCACGAGAUAGAGGAGAAAGUGCAGGAGGUGGAGAAGCUGCAGGUCAAUGUCCAUUCCCUGAAGCAACAGCUGAAGGAAAAGGAGGAAGAGAUCAGUGACCUUCAGGACAACAUUGCCUGUUUGAGGCGAGGAGAGCCCUGCCUGGACGUGUCACUGCCACUCAACGAAGAGACCAACAACAUGCUCAACAUCUCCAUGACGGGCCGAACUAGUAGAUCUGCCAGAGCGGUCACUCCGACCAGCAUUCAGCAAGAACUUGAAGAUACAAUGGCUGAACGUGAAACAGAGCUAAAUGGUGUCAGAGAGCAGCUGGAGCAGACACGGCAGGAGCUGGAUGGACUGAAGGGGUCGUUGAGCUCUGCAGAGCAGGAGAGAGAUGAGCUGAAACAGUCCUUAGGGCAGUUGGAAGAAGAGAAGGAGAAGUGGAGUGAGAAAGAAAUGCUGAAAGAAGCAGAGCUGGUCAAACUGACGCAGACCGCGGAAGAGUUGAAACAACAGCUGGAGGAGGGCACAAAGACCCGCCAACUUCUGGAGAAGCAGCUGCAAGACAGGGAGGCAGAGCUCCUUCAGGCCCAGGAGGAGAGAGACCGGCGACAGGAGCAAGUGCAGGAGAAGGAAGAGAAGCUGGACCAAGUCACGCUACAAGUGGACAGUCUACAGAUGGAGAUUGCUAGUCUCACAAACUUCCAGCAAGAGCUUCAGAAAGACUUUGACACUGUUCAGGCUAUGUUAGAUGAGAAAGAAAAGGACAUGGAGAGUCUGACCAAAGAGCUGACUGACAGCAAAUCCCAGCAGGAAACUCUGGACACUGUGAUUCAGCUAGAGGGGCUGGUUGCCUCACUGCGCAAAGAGCUGAAGGAGAAACAGAAUGUGGUGGAGGAGAAAGAGGAGGAGCUUUAUGAGCUCCAAGACAAGCUCGAUGAAAUGGGCGAGGCCAAAGGUGAGCUGGAGAAGAUCAAAUCCCAACUGUCUGAGCAGACACGCCUACUGGAGAAGGAGCAACAAAUACGGAAAGAGUUGGAGGAAGCCUUGGCUGCAGAGAAAAGUUGUCGGGAAGAAAGUGAGAAGCAGAGAGAGGCAGAGGGGGAGGAAGUUGCAGAGAAGGUUCGAGUACUGGAGGGAGAUGUGGAAGUAAAAGAUAAUAAGUUGAAAGAACAGGAAGAGAAGAUAGAGGCCUUGUCGAAUGAGCUGCAAGAAAUACAGACACAUUCGGAAAAACUUGAAAAAGUAUUGAAGGAAAAUAAAGAAAAGUCUGAUUCUGAAAUAACCCUUCUGCACGAGAAGCUGGAAGUUUCACAGAAGGAGUCAGGAACAAAGUUAAGUGAAUUACAGGAGAAGUUGAAGGAGGAAGGUGCUCACACAGAGGGACAGAAGGUGCUGAAUGAACAGCUCAGUAACUUGAAAGCUCAAUUAGAAGAUAAAGAACAGCUACAGAAACAGCUAGAAGAAUUAGUCUCGGAGAAAGAAGGUGCAAUCAGAGAUCUUAAUGUUCAGUUAUCAGCAAAGGAAGAAAAUCUUGAUGAAAUGAGAUCAGUCCAGCUCCAGAUGGAAGAAAUGGAGUCCCAGUUAUGUCUGCGGCAGACCUCUCUGCUUGAUCUUCAGGCGGAGAAAGACAAGCUGACCUCUGAGCUUGAGAAGAUGAGCGAUAUGAAGAGUCUGCUGGAGGAGAAAGAGCAGACCAUCACGGAGAUCGAAGCUCAGUUGAGAUUCCGACAGACAGCCCUUCUUGAUCUGGAGGCAGAAAAGGAGAAACUGUUACAGGAUCAGGCAGAGAGUGAGGCAAAGUUGAAAGAUGAUUUAAAUGAGAGAGAGAAGGUGGUGGAAGAGCUGCAAAAGAAGUAUGAUGAGCUGAAGGAAGGAAUGAGCGAAGAAGUGCUGCAUAUGGAGCAGGAGAUGCAAAGGAGUAAACAAGCACGGGUGAUAAGAAGGUCGCCGGAGGAGGAAGAGAAGGAGGAGUUGGAAAAGGAGGAGAUGAGAAACAGAGUACAGGAGUUAGAGACGAAACUGUUACAAGCGUCUGAUGAACUUGUGGAUGUGUCCUCCCGGCUGAAGCUCAAUGAGGAGAGAUUGUCCCAAACCGCGCAGCAGCUAUCAGAACGGGAGGAACAGCUGCAACAGCUUCAGAUUGAGGUGCAACUUCAGCAACAGCAAGAGGCUGAGAACAACAGCGCUCAGCAGCAAAAGUCUGCCGAAGCUGGGGUAAAAGCUGAAGAACUUGAGAGGCUGCUGCGUGAGGCCGAGGACAGAGCAGAACAGGCGUCCAUCAAUGCUGCAGAGUUGAGUCAGUUAAAGGCUUCUUUAGAGCUAGACCUGGAGGAGGUGAGGAGAAAAGAGGCGGAGAAAUCUUUCACUUCUGCAGAAGCUAGAAGCGAUGAGAGUUUGUUGGCUGGCACAGAGUUGUCCCGCAUGGCUCGGUGGGAGUCUGAGCCAGCAGGUCUCGCGUUGGGACACCGAGACAGUUUCUAUCUGCGUUUCCGCAUGACAGAAGUCGAGCGCAUGUCGAGACAGCAGCAGCAGGAACUAGCGGCCAAGAAUCAAGAACUGGACAGAGUGCGGUCAGACCUGGAGACCUGGCUCAAAGCUGGCAAAGGUCAAGAUGCUCUCAAGGUCACCAUCAAGGAAAAAGAAACCAUCAUCGUAUCCCUACAAACAGAAAUAGAAACUCUGAAAUCCCAUGUCGAAGAAAAGAAUCGUCAGAUCGAUUUUAUGAAAGACGAAAUGAGCACCCUGACUCACUCAAGUCGUGUAGAUCUGGCAGCAAAAGACCACACAAUAACAGAGCUUCAGGAGCAAAUCUAUGUGCUCAAAAACUUCUCAUCCGUGACACCACCUUCAUCACCACCAAGGUCGGGAGCGACAGCGCCAGGGCAAGCUUUGUCCCCAGAAACAAAGGGGCAGAUCUCACAGCUCAAGUUGCAGCUGCGGAAGGCUCAGUCUGCUCUUGAGGAGAUGCAAGGCCGACAAGGCUCACGUCAAGAAACUGAGGACUUCGAACAGGCGGAGCUGCAGAGGCAAAGGGAACUGGAAGAACAGUCGAAGUCACGUACUAGAGAGAACGAUGUACAGUCUGUGAGGGAAGAACUGCAGGAAGAACACGAGCGACAAAUGUCACAGCUCAGGUCUCAGCUCCAGCAGGAAGUGGACAGUAAAGUGGAGGAGUUGCAGGCUCAGCAUGAUCAAGAUCUCCGGGAGUUGAGACAACUUCAGGAGCGAAAACUGGAACAAGCACUGGAGGAACAGAAAGAAAAUCUGCAACAGGAGCGACAGACAGAGUUACACGCCUUGGGGCUUGACCAUCAGGAAGAGUUGGAUCGCCUCAGGGACAGAGAGUUUGAGAAACUGAACUUUGGGAACCAGUCUGAAAGUCAAGACGCAUCAGCUCGGUCAUCGGUGAGUGGGGACGCUGCCAUGCCAGAGCGCUUACAGGCUCUUCUCACUCGAUUGAAUCAGGUUGGAGAGCAGCUGCUGAGCGUGUCCGACCUGAGGUACCUCCAGCAGUACCUGUCACCGGCCAGCCAGUCCACACGCUCCCCCGACACACUGGUCUGGAGCGAGGAGCGCCGCGGGCUGAUGGACACCAUAGAUGCGCUGAAAGACUUGCAUGAGCUGGCGGACAGGCUCGUCAGGGACAAUGAAGAGACAGAUGACUGGAGGUCCGAUCUGGUCCAAGCUAUGGUCAUGGUCUAUGAUAAAGAGAAGCGGGUUCUGUCUGCGGAGGUCAACACUUCUGACGUGCUCUUCCCAGAAAUGGACAUUGUUUCUCAGCUUGAGUCCAGAAUUCAUGACCUGGAACAAGUGCACCAGGCAGGACUGGACGACAUGCUGCGAGCUGACCGGCAGUCUUUGAUCGAUGAGGUGGACAGUCUGCACAACAGACUGCUGGAGGCCAAGCAGCACCUGCAGGACUCGCGGGACCAGCUCACGCAGCGCAUCAACGAUCUGGAGGCCGCCAAGGCAACGGCUGAGUGGAAGUUGCAGAGACAGAUUCAACUCCUAGAGUACAAGCUGCAGCAGGAGGGUGUCAUCCAGGAGGAUCUCAAGAAGUCACUGCGUCUGGAACGGAACAGAGUCUCAGAGUUGUCCGCCCAGUCAGGCCAGGAGCGAACCCGAACCCUGGAGCUCCAGUCUGAGCUGUCGUCCACUCAGAUACAGCUGUCCAAAUUCCGAGAUGCUCUGGAACGAGAGCAGCACCGUUUUUCUUCCGUCACGUUAGAUUGGAGCGGUUCUCUUGACGCAUUGGAGGAGGAACGGGCGAAAACAAACCGACUGAAUGAACUGCUAGAUGCAGCGAAGAAACAGCUGAGAGCCCUGCAAGAGGAAGUGGCUCACACCGACGCGCGACAACAACAACGCUCUGAGACAGAGCAGGAUUACAUACAGGGAUUGGAAUCAGAGCUGAGCAAAGAGAGAGAGAGGAGCUGUGAGUUUUCCAAGGCUGAGGACAAUGCAAAAGGAGAAGUGACUCGCCUCUCAGAGGAAGUAGUCACGCUGAAGAGGAAGUUGUCCUCCCUCAUGGAAGACUAUGAGGAAAAGAUUGAGUCUCUCCAUCGGGAACAUGUUGAAAAGGAAGUCCAGCGGCGUGCCGACGGCGAGUCCGAGGCUGUAGCCAGACUGAGCGAGCUCCUGGAUGCUGAGAGAGAGAGCCACCAAGCCCACCUGGAGCAAGAGAGGGCCACCACCAGGCAGCUGAAGCAUGACCUGGAGCAGAACAGGUCGGAGUACAGUGACCUCAAGCAUCGUAGCGAGAAGGACAGAUCAAAGGUUGCCAGCUUAAAGCUUGAGCUGACCCAGGCGCGAUCGGAGCUGUCAGAACGUAGACAACAGACGGGAGCUUUGGAGGAAGAGACGGACAACAUGAAGGUGGCGGCGCAGCGGCAGAUCCGACUGGCAGAACAGAACAAGGAGGAACUACAGCAGAAAGUGCGUGAGCUGGAGAGAGAACUGACCAGAGUCCAGGAUCGUACACGUGACCUUGAGGUAGAGUUGAGUACCGCACGACACAUGCAGGCAGGACAGACAAGGGCAGGGGGAGAUUACCACAGGGACGCCAUAAAUUCUCUUGUCACGAAGGGCGACUCGGCGGCUGUGUCACCGGGCAAGUUUGCCGAGGUCAUGGAGCACAACAAGCAACUAGCGGAGCACGUCCUCAACCUCAAGCAGGAAAAGGAGAGGCUGACCACUAAUCUGGCCACCCUAGAGAGCCAGGUGCAGGCCAAGAAACAGAUGAGCAUGCCUCGCUACUCCUCGGAUGGCACAAGUGAUGAGGAGGGAGUUUAUGACCGCACGGUUUGGGCCAGUGAACGGCUCAGUCUGCAGAUGGCGCUAGACUCCGCGGAGCACGAGAUUCAGAGACUGCGUGGUGAGAUCAGACAGUUCCGAAGUCUCAUGAACUCCGAUGGUCAGGCCAGUCGUGUGGAUGUGGACAAGAGCCAACGUUUGUACGGCAAGUAUCUCCGAGCAGAGAGUUUCCGUAAAGCCCUCAUCUACCAGAAAAAGUACCUGCUCCUACUGUUGGGGGGAUACCGCGACACGGAGCACGAGACUCUGGCCAUCCUGGCCUCCAUGGGUGGCUUCCCCUCUCCCAGUGCGGGUCUGCACUGCCGGAGGAUACAUACCCGCGCCUUCACUGUGUUCAGGUCUGCAGGGAGAGUGGUCAUUGCAAUAUACAGGAUGAAGUACCUGGUUAAGAAAUGGAAGCGUGCGACACGAGUAGGCUCUCCUGUCAUGACUGGUCAAAUCAAUCAAAAUCACGCAUAUGUGCCAAGCUCUACUUCGUACCCAGCCCCUCAGCGACAUGGCUCGCGACACACAGCACCGUCCUCUAGCAGCGCAUACACCACACGCAGUAGCAGCGACUACGUCGAGUCCCUCACCAACGGGGACAUCUCCACCCUUGCAUCAGUGGCCAACCCCACUGGCAGAACACAGUUCUCAACGUACCGCAACAACAAUAACCACACCACUCCACCCACCAAAGAACUCUUACACCACAGAACCACUAGCAGUAGAGGGGACAGAGAGACAGUGAGGAGACACCUGCUCCUAGAGGAGGCAAGAAGAAGUCAGGAGUCGCCCAGCCCAAGAACCCCUCGGCAAACAGACAGUGACGACGACAACUUCCUCAACUAUCUGGAGAACGUGCAACAGCAGUUGAGCGAAGGAGAGUACUCUGGAUCCCCAUCCUCAUCACGACGGGCGGCCUGGAGGUAGCACGAGCGACCGUCCCUUUGUUCCCCAUGGUGCCAAGUUCUUACCUCAAUCAUGUCCACAUGACUGGUCUUUUGCCCUAGCGUUUUCAUUUACAUAUAUAUAGAAAUAAUGUACAAUUUUCGCUUCUGUGAUUUCGUUUUCACAAGAAUAAAAUUGUUUCGCUUCUUAGUGGAGUCAUGUGGAAUGAAAUUAUUCCAAGCAUUACUAAGUGUUUAUAUACCAUUAGAUUUUAAUACUUGAUGGUAAUCAUCUCUUUUGUGUCAUAUAAUAUUGAAGGGGCAUGCUUAAAUAAUAAUUGACGUAAGUGUUCAAUUUAAAAAAAUUAUAGUGAUCAGUUAAGUUAAAGUUCAGGACGAUUUGCAGUGCUAGAGGAAACUGUUUGAAAGGUUGAGCUGUACAAAUUUUUGCUCUUUCCAGACUGUUGAUGUGCAAGCCCUGAUAAGGAGAGCUAUGCCUUCAAUAUUUUUAUAUACCGUAUAAGAAAGGAAAAGAUUGUUUUCGUGUUAUUUGUAUUCUGUAACAAAAGUAAGAACGUACGUCAGACGAGGUACAUAUUUUUGUCUACUUUUGCCUCAUUCUUUGACUGAUUUUGAAUAGUAUUAUGCUAAUGGUUUUGUAUAUAUAUAAAGGUUGUUUCUUUUUCCUUGAAUGAUCUGAGAAAUUCCAAGUUGCAUGCUGUUUUUGUAGCUCCAUGUACUCACAUAUCUCCACUCUUCACCAUUUUGCCUCACAACCAUAAUCUUUUAACUGCCAAAAUGUGCGGCUUUUAUUUCCUAGCACAUUGAGUACUUUGUAAAUGAACCGAUUACUAUGUCCUUCUUGGUUAAUUAAGUCUCAGUUUGAUUGACCUUGUCUCGCCACUGUAAUUGAUUUACACUUUUGACAUUUUCGUUAAUGUCAACUUUUUUAUGUAAAAAAAAAA